ACAGCAGUCAUCUACAAUCUGUCAUCAGCAUAAAAAAACGAAAAAAAUCUGAAAAAUAAUGAUCUCAAAAUCUUUAGAAAAAUCUCAAAAAGUCAUUACAAAUUAAGAUGGCUACCAAAACUAUAGCAAGUGCUACAGUAAGAGCCGUUAAAAAGCGCGUCUUACCAUCUAGGGCUGCUUUGGUUCUAACACCAUCAGCUGUACAAAAAGUCAAGGAAAUUAUGGCCAAGGAUGAUGCAAAAGGUUUCAUAGGAUUGAAAGUUGGAGUAAGACAGAGGGGCUGCAAUGGACUCUCAUACACAUUAGAUUAUGCUAAAACGAAGGAUAAACUAGAUGAAGAAGUUAAACAAGAUGGAGUCACUAUAAUAAUAGAUAAAAAAGCGCAACUAACAUUACUUGGUACUGAAAUGGACUUUGUUGAAAACAAAUUAUCUGCAGAAUUUGUAUUUAAUAAUCCAAACAUUAAAGGAACUUGUGGCUGUGGAGAAUCAUUUAGUAUAUAAAUAUAAUCUGAUUUUAGAAUUUGCUAUGUAAUAACACUUUUAUUAGCUUAGCACAAAGGCUUAUGAAAUUGUGCAGCUUAAAAAUUCUAGUAAAAAUGAUUAUUUGUGAAAAGACAAAAUACAGAGGUUUCUUAAUACCUGUCACUGGUAUUAGUGUUAUAAUUUUAUAAUAUAGUUCAUGGUCAUAUUUAAAGAAUAUUGAAAAAAAUAUUUUAUCAUAGGUACUUAGGUUUGUGUUGUUUAGCUUUUUAAAAUUUAUUUAGUUAAUAAAUAUGUAAAUAAAGUUAA